AUGAUAUUCACACGAUCUGGGAGAUCAGUCUUUCCCUUACUCCCUCCAUAUGGAGCCCACGACCCUUCCAACGGGCGAAUCAUUCCUUUGCAUCCAGAUGGCCUUACGCCAUAUCUUGGCCUGCGCGCCCGACUCUCACAAGUCUGGAUCAACCGCUGGACGAUAUUGCUGAUCCUAGUCCUGGUCCGAGUUUUGAUUGCUAUCGGAGGUGUUCGCAGUGACAUGGCCUCAGCUAAGCGCGAGGCAUUGUCUGCGUGUACCUCCGUGGAGUCCAUGGGGAGUGCAAUGGCCUCCAUGCCGCACUACCUGGCCUCAGGCGUCAACGAGCUCACUGCUUCGGGAAUUGACCAUGCGGUGAAUGGCCUGAACACUAUGCUUAUGCUUACCAUCACGGGUGUGGAGGAGAUCAUCUUGUUCAUCAUCAAGAUCAUGUACCAGACCUAUCUCUGUCUCGCUACGAUGGUGGUGCGAAGCAGUGUCCAUGUUGCUACCGAGCUGAUUGAGGAGGUUGCGGGCUUCUUGAACACCACCAUCAAAGCAGCGGUGAAGGAUGUUAAGAAGACGGUCACUACCUUUGAGGACGCACUUAAUGAGUUCGCCAGUUUAGUCAACACGGCUGCAAGCGCUCUGGGAGCUGAUCUGCCAACGUUGAAUCUGAAUAGUUCACUCAGCUCUUUGGAUAAUAUCGCCAUUCCGUCUUCAAUCAACACCACUCUCGAUAAACUCAGUGACGAUAUUCCGUCAUUUGAUGAGGUACAGAACUUCACCGAGAACGUUAUCCGACUACCUUUUGAAGAGGUCAAGAAACUGGUAAACGGCUCAUUGGGAACUUACAGCUUUGAUCGCAACGCUCUGUCCGUCCCACAAAAGCAGCAGCUCUCCUUCUGCGAUGACAACGACGGUAUAAACAGCUUCUUCCAAGGAGUGACCGACAUUGCAGUCACCGCACGAAAAAUCUUCAUUGCCGUCAUCCUGAUUGCAGCCGUUCUGGCCUGCGUUCCCGUCGCAUGGCAGGAGAUCCGCCGAUGGCGCCAGAUGAAGGAGCGCUCCCAACUUGUCCGCAAGGAAGCCCACGACCCCAUGGACGUCGUCUACAUCGUCUCUCGGCCAUACACUGCCGCGACAGGAAUAAAGGCUGCAAGCCGCUUCAGCAACAGUCGUCGCCAGAUUCUAGUGCGCUGGGCCGUCGCAUAUGCCACCUCCAUGCCGGCUCUAUUCGUACUCGGUAUCGCCAUCGCAGCACUGCUCUCCUGUCUCUGCCAAUACAUCCUUCUCAGAAGUGUCGAGAAAGUCGUCCCCGAACUGAGCACCGAAGUCGGUGAAUACGCCGAUAAAGUCGUGAGUGCGCUAACAAAUGCCUCCGUGGCAUGGGCUACCGACGCAAACAAGGCGAUCGACUCCAUGGACGAUGAUCUGAAUAACAAAAUCUUUGGCUGGGUGAAUACCAGUACGACGGCCGUCAAUGACACCCUUGAGACCUUCGUAGUGAAAACUCAAAACGUCCUGAAUGAAACCUUCGGCGGCACGCUCCUCGAAGAACCUGUCCAAGAGCUCUUUGACUGUCUCAUCGGCCUUAAAAUCGAGAGCGUUCAAAAGGGUCUCACAUGGGUACACGACCAUGCCCACAUUGAUUUCCCCCAUCUUCCAAACGACACAUUCUCUCGUGGCGCGAACGCUAGUAUCUCCAACGACACGAACGCAUCCGAUAGUUUCCUCGCCGACGCAGGGGAUACAACCUCCAACAAAAUCACAGAAGUAGUCCAACGAGUCAUCGACAAACUCAAAGACGGUCUACGCACAGAAACCCUCAUCGCCACCGCCAUCCUUCUACUCUGGGUCCUCAUCGCGCUGAUCGGUAUCCUCCGCGCAAUGACGCUCUUCUGGGGACGCGAACGGAAUCGCGGUGAUGGAGGCGGUCAUGCCAUGGACCCCGUUCCUAACAACCCUGCCCCCGCACCGGAAUCUAGGGAGUUCACCGAUAUACCCCUGACUGCUAUCCCGAGGAAUGAGCUUGGAUUUAUUCAGGCUGUGCCGCGGUAUGAGACGCCCGUUGCGAGCUCUGCGCAGGCUAGGGGUGAGACGUCGUUGACGGAUGAGAAGCUUGGGUUUGCGGGGCAGAGGGAUUAUGAUUCUGCGCUUAAGGUUGAUGCGCAGCCGGCGUUGCGGAAAAGUAAUUAUGUCGAGUAUGAUGUGAAGAGGGGUUGA